AUGGCUGGUGGAUAUCGUCUCCGGCGCUCAGGCUCCAGCUCCAGCUCCAGCGGGGACAUGGAUCCCCUCACGCAGGAGGCCCCAGCUGCCGCCGCAUCCCAGCUGCACCCUCGAUCUGCACGCACGGUGCGUCCCUCCCAAGGGGAUCAGGCCGCCGGGCCCAGCAGGGCCGCCGCCACCGCCGUUGCCGGUGCAUCGUCCAACCCCCAGCGACCGGCUGAAACUCCUGCCGCUAGGUCCGCCUCUGGACAGCGCCGAGCACCCCUCCGGCGCAGGCUCGCCUUCAGCGAGGCCAGCCCCGGGAGCGCACUGCUCGCGGCGCACGCCCUCCUCAGGCACUCGCCGGUCCAGGCGGCGGGGGAAACCCGGAGGGCCGCUGGCUCGAAGUCGCCACCUUGGUCGGCACGGCCCGCCGCCAGGUGA